AUGGAGCUUGCCCUGGAGAACAAUCUGGAAGCCGUCAUUAUCAAGACCAAAUACAGCGGUCUAGACACACACACGGCUGAGGAUGCGGUUGACGCGGCUGUUCUACACAACGCUGCUCAUCGGCAUAUUGCAGUAACUGUUGACGAACUAAAGGUGAUAGAUGAAUUCGUGUAUUUGGGAUCGCUGGUGACCGCUGGGGACAACAACACUGAUAAGGAGACCCAGCGGUGCAUUCAAGCGAAAAAUCGGGCCUAUUUUGCCUUCCACAAAAACGCUACAAUCAAAAAGCAUACGCCGCCGUAUGCAGCGACCAUGUAUAAAACUCUCAUCAGACAAGUGAUAAAUCAUCCUCCCAGCUAUUUAGUUCACUGCGAAAGGUCAUCGCGAUUGAAGUGUAGGAAGGCGCUGGAGAUCACGGUGGCUGACGAUACGGUGGAGGUGGUCAAAUCAAUAAGUCCCGGCGAGGAAGCGGAGAAGCGUGAAAACGACUCGGAUCAGGUGGCACUGGAGUCCGUCGAUGCGGACCAUCAGGGUGCGUCGUCGGUGCAUCCCUUUCCGCAGCACAUUCCUCUCUCGAUAGGUCACGGGCCGGGGCCCCAGCAGCAUGGUGGUCCGCCGCCGGUCGGACCUCAUGGGCCACACAUAGGACACGGACCGAGCAGAGCCCCACAUGGACUGGGCCAACCGUUUGGUCCGCCACCACCGCCACCCUUGCCGGCUGCUCAUGCCUAUCACGGUCCACCGCCACCGCCGCCGCCACCGAAGCUGCAAGCCACCGAUCUGGGGCCGGACAAGCUCUACGGUGCUCCCCCGCUUGCCGGGAACGACCUGUGGUCCUCGCCACUGCAGGAUAUGCCCAAAAUCGUUUCACUGGACGUGAAAUGCGAGAAACAGGGCAUGAAAGUGUUUGUCCAGUUCGACAAACCCUUCUUCGGAAUCAUCUUCUCCAAGGGGCACUACAGCAAUAUCAAUUGUGUCCAUCUGCCGGCUGGAUUGGGUAAGACGUCUGCGACGUUCGAUAUCGGAAUUCAUCAGUGUGGAACGGCUGGGAAUACGGAUAAUGCGCUGUAUAAUGGAUACUCGGGAACGGAGUCCGGUGCUGGGUCGUACUUUGAGAAUAUUAUUGUGCUGCAGUACGAUCCGCAGGUGCAGGAGGUUUGGGAUCAAGCGCGGAAGCUGAGAUGUACGUGGCACGAUCAGUACGAGAAGAGUGUGACGUUCCGCCCGUUCCCGGUGGAUAUGUUGGAUGUGAUUCGGGCUGACUUUGCUGGGGAUAAUGUUGGCUGUUGGAUGCAGAUUCAAGUUGGUAAAGGACCGUGGGCUUCCGAGGUUUCCGGAUUGGUGAAGAUCGGACAAACGAUGACCAUGGUGCUGGCGAUCAAGGAUGAUGAUAGCAAGUUCGAUAUGUUGGUCAGGAAUUGUAUGGCUCACGAUGGUAAGCGUGCUCCGAUUCAGUUGGUCGAUCAACGAGGUUGCGUAACGCGGCCGAAGCUGAUGUCUCGCUUCACGAAAAUCAAGAACUUCGGAGCCAGUGCUUCCGUACUGUCCUACGCGCACUUCCAGGCGUUUAAAUUCCCCGACUCCAUGGAGGUUCACUUCCAGUGUACGAUUCAAAUCUGUCGCUACCAAUGUCCGGAACAGUGUACCGAUCCAGGAGUGCUGGACGUCCACCACCUAUCCGGUGGUCCGGAACAUCAACAGUACGGUCCACCGCCACCGCCUCCACCACCGUCCUCACUGGAUGCUCACGUGUACGCCAAUCGCAAGCGAGAUGACCGACGAAUCCGUAGAACUCGUGAAGCCGGCGAAGCCGGCGUGGAACAAAAGGAAGAUGUCGGCAUGAAGCGAAUCAUCCGCGUCGUUGCACCCGGCGAUUUAACCUUCCCGAUCGGCAGCCAAAACAGUACCAACGAUUCCACCAUGAUCUUCCCGGCCCGGGAAGAGGGCCUGAUCUGCAUGACUACUCCCGGUUUCACCGUUACGAUUGUGGUGCUCCUAUCGAUCCUGAUCGCGUCCUGCCUGACGUCGGCCUUCCUCUGCAUACGGCUGAAGCCGUUCUCGCUAACUUCGCGGAAAGAACGUGCCGUCGCCUUCACCAAUCCGCGCCUAACGCCGUCGACGGCUUCGAUCGUGUCCAGCGGGCCCAGUUCGCUGGUCAGCGGCACGCUCAAGUCCACCAAAUCGCUCAAGUCGAGAAACUUCUACUCGUAAUCGUGACCAAAAGAAGCAGAAGCAGAAGACUGCUGGCAACAGAUGGGGACAGAUGAAACGAGUGAAAAGCCGAG